AUGGCUACUGGCACCGAGGAAAUCCAAAAGAUGUUUAUCUCUUAUAACAAUAUUCACAAAUCUUGCCAGAAGAUUGCGAAGCAAAUCAUGGAAAAAGGCGAAAGGCCAGACGUGAUCAUUGCUAUAACUGGUGGUGGCAUGAUUCCAGCUAGAAUAAUAAGAUCCUUUUUGAAAAGCAAGGGCCAGAAAAACAUACCCAUUCAGGCCAUUGGAUUAUCGCUCUACGAAGAUCUUGGCCUGGAUGAUCAUGCUGAAACUAUUGGGAAGGAAGUUAUCCGUACUCAGUGGCUGGACUUUGGCUCUCUAGAACAGCACUUUGACUCCCUUAUUGGCAAAAGGGUCUUGAUCGUCGAUGAAGUUGAUGACACCAGAACUACUUUGCAUUAUGCAGUAACUGAGCUUGAAAAGGAAGUCAAAGAGCAACAAAUUAAGCUCAGAAGAACGGACGAGGAGACUGUGUUUUCCAUUUUUGUUCUUCAUAACAAAGACAAGACUAAGAAGGCUGAUUUACCAGAUGACAUGAUGAAGAACGACCGCUAUUUGGCUGCUGAAACCGUCCCAGACGUUUGGUUGUGUUACCCAUGGGAAGCAAUUGACAUUGAGGAACAUACUAAACUUGCUAUUCAGCAAGGCAACAACUAA